AUGUUGGUCUCAUCGAUCACUACCGCCAUUGUACUAGUAAGCUUUUCACUUGUACCAACAGUAAUUCCAGCCGAUGUGAAACUCCCAGCAUGCUUUAAUAACAUCAGCGGUGUGUACCUGGCAAAGUACGACGAUACUGCAUUUGGCCUGAUAUUCUUCUUCCCGUUGGGUGGCGUUCUUCUGUUUACGUCGGAUGAAAAGACAACUCAAAAUCAGUAUGUUAGUGAUACAAAUGGCCUGUAUAGCUGUGAAGGAGAAGGAAAAGGUCAAAAGAAAUUGUCCUUUAAUACACUUUCAUACGGUCAGUCUGGUAAUAAAAGCAUUAUUGUAUCCCAUUCAACAAUUGUUUGUCGUGGUGCCGUUGAUGACUGCAGUGACCGCGUUGUUUCCUGUUCGGAUGGCCUUCAAACUAGUCGACAUUACAAGUACCAAGCAGUUGACUUCAAAACUGGACGUUUCCACAACCCAUUAUCACCGAAAAUAAAGACAAGUUUUGAUAUGAGACGACUAGAGACACAUAAAACUGUUUCGACAGAUCCGAAUGGAAGAGAUAAAUGUUAUGGCAGCAUCCAUCAAGGACACGCUUAG